GAAAUAAACCGCUCCAAUGUUGUAUGUCACCUGCACAUAACCCGGGCGUUCGAAAAACCCCAACUACCACCACCACACCAACACCAGGUCCUCUCCACACACACACCUCCUCCAAAAUGAGCCUGGAAGCCUGGCUCCCGCAGCCCACCCUGCUCCUCACUGGCCUCAGCUUGCUGCUCUCGCUGGCGCCCACGGGAUUGAGCAUGGAGGUCAUGGCUCCCACCAUCAUCCAUGCUUUGAAUGGCUCCUCCGUGAAGCUCUCCUGCACCUUCAACUCCUGCUACAAGGUGGAGAACAAGCAGUUCUCCCUCAACUGGACAUACCAGGAGUGCGGGAACUGCUCUGAGGAGCUGUUCCUGCAGUUCCGGACGAAGAUCAUGAACAAGCAGCUGGAUCGCUUUGGGAACCGGGUGGAGUUCACCGGGAAUCCCACCAAGUAUGAUGUGUCCUUCACCCUCAAAAACGUGCAGCUGGAGGACGAGGGGACCUACAAUUGCUAUGUCUUGAACCCCCCGGACCGGCAGCGGGGCCAUGCCAGCAUCAACCUGAAGGUGCUCACCAAAGAGCCCCCCAAGCACGACUCCACAGUGGCUGUCAUUGUGGGUAGCUCUGUAGGCGGCUUCUUGGCUGUGCUGAUCCUGGUGCUGAUGGUGGUGAAAUGCGUGCGCCGGAAAAAGCAGCAGAGGCUGAACACGGACGACCAGAAGACAGAAGAGGAAGGGAAGACAGAUGGCGAAGGCAACCCGGACGAGGGCACCAAGUAACAGCCCCCUGCCCGCCCCGGCCUCUUCACCCCUGUACAGCGUG